AUGGCGGCGCCCAUUGAGGUAGCCGUGUGUACAGACUCGUCCGCCCAGCUGUGGAGCUGCGUCGUGUGGGAGCUCCACUCGGGCGCUAACCUGCUCACGUACCGCGGCGGCCAGGCGGGGCCCCGGGGUCUCACGCUGCUCAAUGGCGAGUACCUGCUGGCGGCGCAGCUGGGCAAGAACUACAUCAGCGCCUGGGAGGUGCAACGGAAGGACCAGCUCCAGCAGAAGAUCAUGUGCCCCGGGCCUGUUACCUGUCUGACCACAUCGCCCAACGGUCUCUACAUGUUGGCAGGGAUUGCAGAAAGCAUAUACCUGUGGGAGGUCUCCACAGGGAACCUCCUGGUCAUCCUGAGCCGCCACUACCAGGACAUCUCCUGCCUGCAGUUCACAGGGGACAGCAGCCACUUCCUCUCGGGCGGCAAGGACUGCCUGGUGCUGGUGUGGAGCCUGUGCAGCGUGCUGCAGGUGGACUCCUCCAGGACCCCAGCCCCCCGGCAUGUCUGGUCCCACCACACCCUCCCCAUCACAGACAUGCACUGUGGCUUUGGGGGGCCCUUGGCACGGGUGGCCACAGCCUCGCUGGACCAGACGGUGAAGCUGUGGGAGAUCUCCUCAGGCGAGCUGCUGCUCUCUGUGCUCUUUGACGUGGGCAUUAUGGCUGUGACCAUGGACCUCGCUGAGCAUCACAUGUUCUGCGGUGGCAGUGAGGGCUCCAUCUUCCAGGUCGACCUCUGCACCUGGCCUGGACAGAGAGAGAAGAGCUUCCAGUCAGAGCAGGACAGCGGGAAGGUGUUCAAAGGCCACAGGAACCAGGUGACCUGCCUGUCAGUGUCCACUGAUGGCAGCGUGCUGCUCUCCGGCUCCCACGACGAGACCGUGCGUGUCUGGGACAUCCAGAGCAAGCAGUGCCUCCGGACAGUGACCCUCAAAGGCCCCGUGACCAACGCCUUCGUCAUGCUGGCGCCGGUCAGCAUGCUGAGCUCCGACUUCAGGCCCAGCCUGCCCCUGCCACGCUUCAACAGGCACCUGCUGGGCGCCGAGCAUGGGGAUGAGCAGCGCCGUGGAGGCCUGACUCUGCGCCUGGGCCUCCACCAGCUGGGAUCGGAGCCCAGCUACCUGGAGCGAGCAGAGCAGCUGCACAUGGUAAUGUGCAGCACGAUGGAAAAGAACGUGCUGGGCGGUCAGGACCAGCUGCGGAUCCGAAUCACGGAGUUGGAAGACGAGGUGCAGAACCUGCGCAAGAUCAACCGAGACCUGUUUGACUUCUCCACCCGCAUCAUCACCCGGCCCACGAAAUGA